AUGUUUAAAGGGGAUAGAAGUCCGGCGAUAGAGCGGCGUAACGAGCGCCGUUAACUUACAGCGUUCAGACCUCGUGAGGAGAUGCAAGCGAGGCGACGUUUAAGUGUAGCUAAACGAAGUUAUAUUCAUUUUUAAGAACCUCUCCUUUUUGCCUAAAGAGAAGAAAUGGACGAUUGUCUGACAGACUGAACGCGACCGUUUGUUCUGUAUUGAUGAGUCCGUGAAAGCAUGAAGUUGUGAAGCAGGUAGUGACCCAUUUAUUAUGGUAAACACUGCUUGUAAUGCUCAGCCGCCUCAUGUCAGAAUGGGGGCCCUGGCGUGGAAGCGCUGCGUUGGAUGUGGAUGCAAGAUUUCAGACCGCUUCCUCCUGUUUGCUUUGGAUGGGUACUGGCACUGCCACUGUCUCAAGUGCUCCUGCUGUCAAGCCCAGCUGGCAGAUAUUGGCUCAUCGUGUUUCACAAAGUGUGGCUUGAUCCUCUGCAAAAGUGACUAUAUAAGAUUAUUCGGUCACAGCGGAGCCUGCAGGGCUUGCAGUAAGUCCAUCCCAGCAAAUGAAAUGGUUAUGCGAGCAACGGGCAACGUUUUCCAUGUCAAGUGUUUUGUAUGCUCCACCUGCCAUAACCAGCUAGUACCUGGUGACCGUUUUCACUACACGAAUGGAAAACUGUACUGUGAGCGGGACAGACCAACAGCCUCUGCGUACAGAAACGACUACUUGGAUUCACUCAGGGAGCACAACAUAUCCGAACAGAAGUCCUGAGCUCAUUUUUUUUUUUUUUUUUUUUUUUUGCUGAGCUCUGAGAAAGAGACCCUAAUAGAGCACCUAGUUUCAUAUUCAAGACCUCAUAUAACCCGGCAGUUGCUUUGUCAGCUACAGACCAUUUUGUGAAGGUGUAAUAUUGUGGAAAUUCAACGUAUAUGGUAAUAUCUGGCAGUUUAAAUGAGGUUAACCAUCGGAGCUGAAAAGCAAUAUCAGCGAGCAUCCUUGCGUAUCAUAAUCAAUUAUGAAUUGGUUUUGCACAGAAUGACCUUUCUUAUAUGUUGUGGACCUGCAGUUUAGUUUUGGUGUCUGUUAGUUUUGAUAUACUGCGGUGUACUUCACUUUCGGGCAGUGAAAACACACCACCUUCCGCUGGUGUGUGAGUGACAUUUAUCUUUUGGUCACGGAACGGAUUCUUCUGCAAUUAACCUGUCAAAUAAAUCAAUCUCUGUAUCCUUGGAAGUUCUCUGUAUCCUUGGAAGCAGACCUCCAGGUGAUUUCUUAGAAAGGUGUUGUGUGUUUUUUGUUUUCUUUUAAAUUAUAAAACAUUCUGAGCUUGCUAUAAAGGACCCAUCUUUAAAGUACAUUGAGUGUGUGUGACGUAAUAUUUGCUUUAUUCAAAAUAAAGACUUUUUUAAAACUCCCGCUAAGGAUAUUUUCAGCGAGGUGAGCUGUGUUUUCUGUUGUUAUGCUGUCUAAAUAAAAUAUUGACAGACACAGAAUUUAUGGAGAACACCUCCCUCUGUUGGCUGAAGGUAAUUCUGUCACUUCCAGCAGUAUCUCUUUUUAUAUGCCUUUGUUAAAAAAAAAAAAAAAACUGGAGCAUUUUCCAGUAAAACCGCAAUCUACCGAUGGCUAUGUGCGGACUUAAUCUGUUGAAUUAUCAGUUUAGGUAAAAAAAAAACCACGUUAUUAAAGCCUCAAAGUUGCGCUGAAUGUCAUAUUUAAGAUCAUUCUAUCAGGUCAUGAUCUCUAAUUAUUGUAAUAUUUUUUUUCUUGUAACUGAUUCAUGUACAUCUUAUGGUUCUGCCUAAGAAUUUGUCCUUAAUGUAAGUAAAAUACAUUGGGAGCUGUUUUAAA